AUGGUUUUAAUUAAAUCUCAACUUUUUUUUAUAUUUUUAAUAAUUGUCGGGUGUUAUUCUCAAGUCCCCCCUCUUGUUCCAGAUGAAUAUACGUGUUGGAUGGUUUUUAAUACCUGGUGUGUCCAAAUAGCAAAGUAUAUCAAUAUUAAUGGAGUGGUAGGUGGAAUUACUCAACCUUUACCUUCAAUUAGAUCCUUGACUAUACAUUCAAAUGAUUUAAAUGGUACAACAUUGAGAUUGGAGCAUAUUAAUAGUGGAAUAUAUAAUUUGGACAUUUCUCCUGCUAAUGUAUAUGUUUAUCUAAACUCUGAUGGCGCAAAUCCAUCUGGAACCUCAGUAUUAGGGAAUUUUUAUGCCAAUGUACAUAACAUAGUAUCUUUUUCAAUGUACAAAUUAAACAAUAUAAAUUUACAAUUUUCUCUAAUAUUUGAUUUUUCAACUAUUAAUUUUAUGAAAACAAUAUCAUCCAAUCAAUUAUCAAUAUACCGUGCUCUUGGACAAAUUAAUCAAUAUUUAUUUGACAAUUCAAAAGUAUCAAAAUUUUAUCUAAGUGCGACACUUGAUGCACCAACUGAAUAUUAUGAUAUGUCAUCAUUCGUUAAUCACACCUAUACAGCAAUUACCCUUUUUCCAGGAAAUCUUUAUCAUUUGAAUGGGGCACUCCCAAUAAUUCCUCCAGAGAGUUGUGAUUUUAAUUUUUUAUCAGGUAACUUGACGGUUUUUCCAAAUAACCUUAAUAUGGGUCCAUAUUCUACAGUUUCCUUCUUUAAUUCAAUAAAAAAUACACAAUUCCCCACAAAAUUUCUAGGUUCUGGUGGUUCAUAUUAUUUUACAAAUUCUCCAAAUCUUUUUGUUGGUACAGUUGAUAAUUCAUGGUGCACAACUGAACUAUCUGUCCCAACUGGAAAUUUAACAGGAUUAAUUCCAUCUUGUUUUGCGUGUUAUUUUAAUGUAACAACGAUAAAUAGUUAUUCAAAAUUAACACAAAAAUCAAUGUUGACAAGAUUUUCUGGUAAUAAGUUUUCAAACUUUAAUACAAAAACACCAUGCACAACAUUUAGACCAAAAGUAGAAUUAAUUAAUGAUGGUAUAUUUAAUAAAGUAAUGGUAACUGGUAAUGAUAUUGGAUUCGAUGUAACAUUAUGGAAAAUUAAUUUAACAAUUUCAUUAGAUCCAACAACAUAUGUUAUUAAUCAAAAUGGUAAAAAUUAUACAGCAACAAUGGUAGGAGCUAAUAAUAAUUUGAAAAAUGUUGAAUAUUUUCCAGUUUUAUUCACAACUCCAAAUAAUGUUACAUAUACAUUCCCAACAAAUUAUAAUAUUCCACCAAUUAUAAAAUCAGUUUUAAUUAAAAGCACAGGUAAUGAAAUUCAAGUAAGUGGUACACAUUUUUCAAGUUAUUUAGGAUUUACAAAUCAACAAGUUCAAAUUCAAAAUGUAGGUAAUUGUUCAACAAUUACAAGUAGUGACUUUUUCGGAGCACAAUGUACAAUGGAAAGUGGUAAACAAUUACCAAUUUCAAAUUCAACAAUUCCAUUACAAAUAAUUUCAAUUGAAAAAGAUUCAUUCAAUGUAAAAGCAUAUAUUAAGAUCGAAUCAAAUUUCGAUAAUAAUCAAGUUUGUCCAAAUGAUUGUUCAACAUCAGUUGGAGUUAAUUCAAUUUGCGAUUUAAGUUCAGGUGCUUGUAAAUGUUUACCAGGAUUUGUUGGUAGUGAUUGUUUAGGUAUUGAAUGUUCAGUUCCAGAUUGUUCAGGUAAUGGUCAUUGUGAUUAUACCAUAGGUGAAUGUAUUUGUAAUUCAUCUUAUCAAGGUAGCGAUUGUUUAUUACCACUCAUUCCUUGUCCAAUUUAUGGCUCUUUACCAUGUAAUGGCGGCUCAAAUACUUGUAAUAAUCAAACUGGUAUUUGUACUUGUGAUUCAUCUCACCAAGGAAAUGAUUGCUCAUUACCAUUGAUUGAAUGCCCAAUAGUUAGUGGAUUACCAUGUAACGGUGGUUUAAACACUUGUAAUAAUAAAACUGGUACUUGUGGUUGUGAUUCAUCUCACCAAGGAAAUGAUUGCUCAUUACCAUUGAUUGAAUGCCCAAUUGUUAGUGGAUUACCAUGUAACGGCGGUCUAAACACUUGUAAUAAUCAAACUGGUACUUGUGGUUGUGAUUCAUCUCACCAAGGAAGUGAUUGCUCAUUACCAUUGAUUGAAUGCCCAAUAGUUAGUGGAUUACCAUGUAACGGUGGUUUAAAUACAUGUAAUAACCAAACUGGUACUUGUAAUUGUAGCUCAUCGUUUCAAGGAAGUAAUUGCUCAUUGCCAUUGGUUCCAUGUCCAAUAUUCAGUUCAUUACCAUGUAACGGUGGUUUAAAUACAUGUAAUAAUCAAACUGGUACUUGUGAUUGUGGACCUUCAAAUCAAGGUAGUGAUUGCUCAUUGCCAGUAAUUGAUUGCCCAACAUCUAAUGGAUUGCCAUGUAAUGGUGGUUUAAAUACAUGUAAUAAUCAAACUGGUACUUGUAAUUGUGAUUCAUCUCACCAAGGAAGUGAUUGCUCAUUACCAGUAAUUGAUUGUCCAGAAUCUAAUGGAUUACCAUGCAAUGGUGGUUUAAAUACAUGUAAUAAUGAAACUGGUAUUUGUAAUUGUGAUUCAUCUCACCAAGGAAAUGAUUGCUCAGUACCAUUUGUUGAAUGUCCAAUGACUACUGGGGUAGCAUGUAAUGGUGGUUUAAAUACAUGUAAUAAUCAAACUGGUACUUGUGAUUGUGGACCUUCAAAUCAAGGUAGUGACUGUUCAUUACCAUAUAUUGAUUGUGAUCCAGUAGAUUGUAAUUCAAACGGUGUGUGUGAUACAAUUAAAGGUGAAUGCAAUUGUAAAGAAAAUUCUUGGUCAGGUCCAACUUGUUUAAUACCAUACCAUUAUAUAACUUCAACAAUACCUUCAACAACCAAUGGUGGUGUUGCAAGCUUUAUUGGCUUCUUUGGUGAUACUCAUAAUAAUCUAUCAAUCACAAUUGGAAAUUUACCAUGUCCAUUACUAUAUAAUUCAACAACAGUUUUAAAUUGUACAGCACCUCCAGGUUUUGGUGUAAAGCUUGUAGUUGUAGCUCAAAAUAACAUUACAUACUCUUAUAAUAAAUAUCAAUAUUUAAAUAUUAACAAUCAAACAUGUCCAAAUAAAUGUUCAAAUCAAGGUACAUGCAAUACUUUAAAUGGUCAAUGUAAAUGUAAUAAUGGAUUCAAUGGUGCAGAUUGUAGUGGUAUCAUUAAUCCAGGCGGAGGUAAUAACGGAGGAAGCAAUAGCGAUAGCGAUGGAGGUAAUAACGGAAACCCACCAACUGAUACUGGUGUCGAUCCAGGUACUGGUAAUACAACAAUUUCAAAUCAAGAAGUUCAAUUCCAAAUCUUUUUCAAAUCAUUAUACGAAAUUGAUUUUAAUGGUAAUAUAGUAGCAACAUAUUCUCUUCAAAACAGUUGGACAACAAACUCAACAGAUACCGAAAAUGAAAUUAUUUACACAUUAUCUCAAACAAUUCAAAGCAAUUGCUCAAUUAUUUCAAAGAUUGAAGAAAUUACAAACAGAAAUGGUAAAGAAUAUACAUUUGCAGAUGAAACAUUUAAUUUACAAUAUGGUUCAAUUAAAUUUAGUAUUGGAAUUCAUAACUAUUCAUACAAAAAUAAUUUAAAUACUUUAAAAUUAGAAUUAGUUUCAUCAGUAGAUCAAAUAAAUUCAGAUGAUAAUGAAUGUAAUGAAAUGGAUACAUCAAUUAAUACAAUCAAUAAUAAAGAUGGUGAAUCUACUUUCAACUAUAUUAAAAUUUCAAAAAAUAAUAAAAUUUUAGAAGGAAGAUUUAUAAACAAGUUAGUUUCAGACGGAAGACCAACAUAUUUAAUAACUUCAAUGAAAAAUGAAAGUAAGGAUUCAAUUUCAAUUUCAUUAGAUUUACCACAUUGCAUUGAAUCUUGUAUCAUUGAUCCAGAUUUCUCAGUCUUAAUUAGUCCAGAAUUUAAAAAUGAAUGUGGUAAUUCAAAAGAUGGAAGAAAAAGUUAUGUUAUCCCAGUCGCUGUAGUUGCAAGUGUUGUUGGUGUUUCCGCAAUUGGUGCAAUUGGUUUUUUAAUUUAUCGUAAAAAAGGUGAAAGUGUUCUUUUAAACAAGUUAAAAAAAAUUAACAAAUAA